AUGCCGCCGGAUCGAGGCCGCGCCUCUCGAGCUUGCGCCUCAUGCAGAAAGCAAAAGACUCGCUGCUAUGAGCCUGGGAUACCCGGUAAAGCCUGUCUGCGAUGUGAAAGGCUUCAUCAGGGAUGCUCGCUGGUUCAAAUUGAGAGUGUGGCCCCUGAGGAGGACCCAGCGCCGCCAAUUUCGGGUGCAGAUGCUCGCUUGGAGCGUCUUGAACGAACUGUGGCAGCACUGCUUGACAGACUGGGGGAGACCCCGAGCAGUGUUGAACAUGACUCGAGCAGACCUGCAAGCGCACUGACGACCCCGGAUCCCGGCGAGCAAACUUUACACGAGACGGAAUCUCCCGCGGCUCCAAUCAUGGUCAUCCGCAAUUUAGCCACCGACUCUGGGUUUAGGCCUUCUCCAGAUAUGAGAUCUCUGGGCAGGGCCCUGGAUGAUCUCAUUGCGCCUGAGCUGGCAUUGACCCUUAUCACCAUAUUUCUUGAGUAUUAUGGCCGUUGGAUUACACUCGACCCGGAAAGCGACCCUGCUGUUCUCUUACCCCGCGUAAGGAGAUCACCGUUAUUAUUCUGCGCAUGCUGCCUGAUCGCAGUGCGGCAUACUUCCGAGGGGCUAGCAGCAAGUCUUGCACCGAAACUAUACGAAUGUGCUCAAUCCCUGGUCUCAAGCGCACUCAUAGUAGCGCCACAGUCUAUCGAAUUCUUCCAAGCGACCCUGAUCCUAUGUAUGUGGUCAACGACCGUAGGACAGGUGCCCUUGGGUAUUGACAGCUGGCUUCUGAGUGGCUUUGCUUUGCAGCAUUGUCAAUCGAGUCCCUUAUUCACUGCAAUUUCAUCACAAUCUCAGCAACCUAUGAGAAUGAAUGAGACAACACUGGAUCGUUGCUGCUUGUGGAACCACUUGUGUUUAGCACAUCUGCACUAUUGUGUUGGGACUAGUCGCAGGUCUAUGUUGCAGGCCUGGCAGAUCGAGCGCUGUCGAGUUAUUCUUGCUUCGGACCAUGCGAUUAAUUUCGAGGUACGCAUGGUGGCGGAGAUUUAUCUAUAUUGGACUGUUUAUGAACAUCUGAUUGAGGAGUCUGUUGAUCUGCUCAAGUCAGUGGCGGCUUUGCAAACGUGGAGGAAAACAUGGGAGUUUGUUCUCGAGCAACCGAGAUCCCAAUUUCUAUUGAUGGGAUUCCAUUUCUCCAACUUGCUCCUGUAUGAGCAUGCCUUAAAGACAAAGACUGCUCGAGCCCGCGAGUCUGUUGUUUUAGAAAUGAUUCGCCAUUCUACAGCCAUUGUCCAUGUCGCCAUGGACACAGUGGAUGAGCGCACCCGCCACUUGAGUGACCAUAUUUAUCACAUGAUUACUUUCGCAGCGAUCAUUAUCUGUCGCUUGCUCAAUAACUACGAGGAACAGUUAAAUGUGAACUUCAACGUCGAUGAGCUUGAUGGCUUAAUCCAAGACCUUGUCCAGUGGCUUCAUUCCAUUGGCCUGCCAUGCCAUGCCGCACAUACACUGGGAAAUAUCAUCGCCAAGGUCCAUCAAAAGCUACGUCCACGUGUGGAGAAGACCCCAUUGAUUGCGCCUAUCGAUGACGUGCCCGAGGAGAGUUUUACUAAUUACUACUUCCCUGAAUUUCUGGGACUGGGAGCCUCGGCUGAUGGAAACUGGGACUUGCUCUCGGAUAUGAGCUUCUUCCCGCAAAGCCCUGCCAAUUCAUGA